UGUGGAAGCGGUGUUUGCAUGUAGUCCGCGUUUACUUCAAUGCUUUAGUGCAAAAUCAAACAUAUGUUAUAACUGAUAAUUUAUUAUGAUUAAUAAGGGUCCCAUAUGGAAAACAGUGCGGUCUUACGCUGGACCUGUCCCGAGGGCGAGGCACGGGCACCGGGCUGUGGCCAUACGGGAGCUGGUGGUUGUGUUUGGAGGUGGAAACGAGGGAAUAGCGACCAAUCUGCAUGUUUAUAACUCGGUGACCAGGCAAUGGUUCCUGCCAGCAGUGAGAGGCGAUAUCCCACCUGGUUGUGCAGCUCAUGGCUUUGUUUGUGAAGGCACACGGAUCCUGGUGUUUGGAGGGAUGGUUGAAUUCGGGCAGUAUACCAACAGCCUCUAUGAACUGCAGGCCAGUCGAUGGUUGUGGAAGAAACUGAAGCCCCGCCCACCAAGGAACGCAUCACCUCCAUGCCCACGGAUUGGCCACAGCUUCACUCUUCAUGCUAAUAAGUGUUACCUUUUUGGUGGAAUGGCCAAUGACAGUGAAGAUCCAAAUGGCAAUGUACCAAGGUAUUUAGAUGACUUCUAUGAGCUGGAGCUGCAGGUCCAAUCUGGGGUUAAAGGCUGGAACAUUCCUGAAACCAAAGGGGGAGGCCCGUCAGCCAGGGAAUCCCAUAGCUCUGUGGUGUACUGUGGCAAGGGUGGAAGUGCACCAAAGCUGUAUAUAUUUGGGGGCAUGUGUGGGCACAGACUGAAUGAUUUGUGGCAGCUAGACAUUGAGACUAUGACUUGGUCAUUACCUAUGAUCAGAGGUCAGCUGCCACAACCCAGGAGUCUGCACACCUCCAAUGUGAUUGGAAACAGGUUAUAUGUGUUUGGAGGCUGGGUUCCUGUUGGAGAGGCAGAGGACACGCUCCACGCUGAUGGAGUCAAGUGGGUCUGCACUGACUCUCUUUCCAUGCUAAAUCUUGACACAAUGACAUGGCAUGACUUGACACCGGAAGAACACCAGCAAAGAUUGACUUCAGACGAACAGUUGGACGAACAGGCAGAGGGUGAUGCACACUGGCCGAAAGCACGAGCUGGACACUGUGCGGUAACCGUCGGCACUCGUCUGUAUGUCUGGAGCGGACGAGAUGGAUACAAAAAGUACAAUAACUACCAGGUGUGCUGCAAAGAUCUGUGGUACCUGGAAACAGAGAGGCCUUCCACUCCUGGUGCGGUGUUCCUUGUGAAGUCCACAAUUAAUAUGCUGCAUGUCGCCUGGCGGCCCCUACCUGCAGCUGAAUGUUAUUUGCUUCAGCUGCAGCCAAUCACAUCUCAGUCCGCUUCCAGUGAUCCACAAUCCACACCAAGUCCACUGCCAGACACUGACAGAAAGGAGUCUGUACAAAAAGUGUCCCAGCCAGGUGCUGAUGUCAAAGUUAAAGAAGAGAGAGAAUCUUCAUCACAGGAAAGCAUUUUAAGGCCAAAAGAACUGGGUGAGGACGGGGCAGAAGUCCAACCAAAAGAUCAAGGUGUUUCCGUGAUGUCAGACGUGAAUAAGACUGGUAAGCUGAAUAGCACAUCUCAGUGCCAGAAAGAACGAGACAAUUCUCUAAAACCAUCCCAAAAGUCUGAAGACCCAGUGUGGUUUGAUGUUGGUGUGUUUAAAACACUGUACUGUGAGGUUACACACUACUUCCUGCCUUCUGAGGAUGGUGACAUGGCAACAACCCUGUCUGGUCGAAACUCAUCCAGCAGUGAGUGGAAGUUGCCGGGUCCUCAUUGUUUUAAGGAUCGGGAGAAGCAGGAAUUGGCCUCAGGAGUCACGUAUAAAUUCAGGGUGGCCGGACUGAACAGCCGUGGCCUUGGCGACUUCAGCCCCCUCAGUGAGUUUAAAACCUGCCAGCCUGGGUUUCCUGGAGCGCCAUCUGCUGUGAAAAUCACCAAGGAUAAAGAUUCAGUGCAUAUCACCUGGGAGCCUCCCACCUCUCCAUCCGGGAAGAUUACGGAGUAUUCCAUGUACUUGGCUGUGAGAAAGAGUCGAGGGAACAGCGUGGAGAGGCCUGGCGAGCUGGCCUUCAUCCGAAUCUACCGUGGUACCAAGACCUCAUGCACAGUCAGCGAAAGCCAGCUGAGCAACGCGCACAUCGACUGCUCAGCACGGCCUGCAGUCGUCUUCCGAAUCGCUGCCAAGAACGAGCAGGGCUACGGUCCGGCAACUCAGAUCCGCUGGCUACAAGAUGCAAGUAAGCUAAAAUCGUCAGUGACACAGGCAGACUCCAGUCCUCCAGCAGCAGAGCCUGACACCACCUGCAGAUGAACUCUCACCCCUGAUGGGUCGACCAGCUGCUGCACUGACCGCCAAAGCUCUAAUACUUAAGGACUACAUUUCAUGCUCUCUGUUAUUCACAAAGCCUUUUACUAUUUUAAUUUAACCCCUUCGAUGACUGAUCUCAGUUGACUGUUUUUCUAAUCUUGAUUGUCUUUUAAUGUCACGGUUUUGUUUAUACUGUGAGCUUUAGGUUUAUCACUAUAGGUCAAAUAGGUCAUUAUCACUGUAAAAUGUACAUUUAACACUUUUUAUACUGAGUUCGUACAUUUAUUUUUAUUAUGGACUGUUGUAGCGACAAAUGACACUUUUUUUUACAAUCUCCAAAUCCCUAAUAUGUUUUUUUGUGAGCAAAAUGUACCAUUUCCCCAUAUCUUAAACUGCAUGUACGUUUCUUAAAAUAGGCUCCUGUAUUUUUAGGAACUGCAUAAUUGCCAGUAGUUUGAACAUAAACCGCUCCACCAGAGCUCCUUUUAUUUCUGUUUUUUCCAUUUGAGCUGUUUCCUUUCUAACAGACUUCAGUUGCAUAAAUGGAGAAUGAGAGUACCAUUUAAAUUCAAUCAUAGAACAAUUAUAGUUUUGUUACCAUUAUAAAAACUGUUACGCCUACAUUUUGCAACAAUUUGGCUUAAAUAUUCUGUGCAUUAAUUAAACAUAACAUUUAGUAUAAUCUGUCUACUGGGGGAUUUAUAUCUCGAAUGUAGAAUUGCUUAUGCAUUAACUAAUAUAUUCAAUUAGCAUGUCACUAACCUAGAGAACUUUUUUUGUUCUUUUUGUUUCACAACAUUUCGGUCAAAUUUAAAGCAUUUUUUGGUGUACACUCCAAUCCUGGUCUUUUUGUAUAGACUAAAAUUUACUAAAAUAUAUAUUGGAUUAAAAUUCAUUUGGAAAUAGUGUUACGACAACGCAUAUUAAUUUUUUAA